UUUGUCUCUACUGAUGUCUUGAGCUUGACAAAGAGUUGGAUCAGAAUCUAGUAUCACAUGAUUAAACAACCAGUCCAUACAUUUAACUUUUAGUUAAUAUCUUUCCUCAACUCUUUUGUCUUUGUGAAGGUGUCAUGGUGCUAAGCCUCCUCCUAAUCCAGAGUUUACUCUUAAACCAAAGAAAAAGAUUAUACAACAAAGUGAAAGUGUUCCUGGCACUCCAUGCCCUCCGUGCCCAGAACUUGUGUGGAGAUCAUGUGUUGGGAAACACAUUGGAGCUGAGAGAAUGAUGGUCUGCUCUGAUAAAUCAACAAUGCAAUGGCUAGUGAUGGAGAAGAUUUGGAAGCAUCCCAUCCCCAUGUCCAUGGUUUUCCUUCAUCAACGGACCAUGCGAUUAGUAGUUAUGGAGGAGAUUUGGGAGGAUCAAGUUUCCCUGUGCAUGGUUUUCAAUUAUACCCUCUGGCUGAGCUUGUAGCAGCCACCAACAAGAGAUUGAAACCAGGUGGUCAAAGAGAAAGGAGCUUCAAGAGAUUGUACUUGGGUAUUGAUUGGUGUUUGAGUACAUUGCAAGGUUAGCGGGGUGUUGAAUUCGUGGAAAAGGAGGAUCAAAAUUGCCUUGGAUGCUUCCCGAGGAAUACAAUAUCUUCAUAACUAUGCCGUUCCAUGUAUUAUUCAUGGAGAUAUUAAGUCUUCCAACAUUCUUCUUGACGCCACUUGGACGGCAAGAGUAUCUGAUUUUGGAUUGUCAUUUAUGAAGAAGACAGCUGGAACCGUUGGAUACAUUGAUCCUGAGUACUUAGCUGGACAUGUGGUGACAGCAAAGAGUGAUGUGUAUGGGCUUGGAGUUGUACUUCUUGAACUUUUAACGGGUAAGACAGCUAUAUUCAAGUCUGGGGACGAUGGAGGCAGUGUGGUGGACUUUGCAGUGCCUCAUAUUUUGUCUGGAGAAUGGGUGAAAAUUUUGGAUCCAAGGAUUGGACCUCCUGACGAGAAUGAAGCAGAUGCAGUCGAGUUAGUGGCCUACACAGCUCUCCAUUGUGUGAAAUUGGAAGGGAAAGAUAGACCAACCAUUGUUGAAGUAGUGGUCAAUUUGGAGAGCGCUUUGGCUAGUUGUUGUCAUAGCAGCCAUGAAAGGAUUUCCAGCGCUACUAUCCCUGUUGUUUCUGUUGUUUUACCUACCAAAAAGAAAAAAGAAAAAUUUCUGUUGUUUCACAAUGAUAUAGUUCAACCCGGGGAAAGUUGGGAGCAAAUAUUGUUGAAUUUAUGAUUACUUAUUGAUUCUUUCUGAUAUAUUGCAUGGGUAAUCUCUUGGCGGGUAAAGAUUAGGGGGAUCAUGUACAUUACCCUGUAGUAUUGCAGAUUGUUGAAUUUCGCGAAAUUACCAACUGCCAGGCCGAAAA